AUGUCUCAUUCUUCUUCUAUUAACCUCCUUCAUUACCAUUACCUCCCUCCUGGUCUCAACCACUCUUCCUUCCGGUUCUGCCACACUGUUCCAUCUUCAUCUCGGUGGUCUAGUCCUGACAACGACUGCUCCAUCUUAGCCAUGCCCACCACAACUCUCCCAGCUGGCUCGAUCUCUCCCUUCAAUGUCCCUCAUAGUGUUAGGACGAAAAAGCUAAAUGGGCAGCAGAAAAAGGAAGAAAUAGAGAAAGAGGUGUGGAUGUUACGGGAGAUGCUGGAUCAAGAAGAAAAGACACGUGAGAUAUUGGAGAGAGUCCAAAAACAUCAACUUCCUUCUUCUUCUUCCGUUACUCUUCCUGCUUCUCUGCCUCCCAAGAUGAAGGAACUAAUCACGGAAUUAUCGAUAGUGGAAGGAGAAAUUUCAAGACUAGAGAUUCAAAUAAGCCAUCUUCAGAUAAAUCUCAAGCAAGAACAAGAUGAAACUUUGAAACAAGCAACAACAAGUUCAUCAAGAAGAGCAUGGAAAAGUAGUGAGAGUUACAAUAAUAAUGACAACAUCACCCCUCAUCAAGCUCCAAUAUCACCAAAAUACCCUAAUUUGCCACCUCCAAGCCCUAUGGUGAACAAAGGCAUGAUGAAGAAUGAAAACAACACCAAAUCUUCUACAAGUCGUCAUCAAGAGAAUUCAACAUUUGAAACAAAGACAUUGCAUUUCAUCAACAAAUCCAUGAAAGCUGAUUACGCUACUGAAAGCUUCCACAAAUCUAAUGAGAAAGUUGGAAUAGUCGAGAAGGAAAAUCAUCGGUCAGCCAAAAAAGAAAACAAGUCGCAAGAGAAUAUUAAUAUGAAGAAGGUGAUUAGGACGAUGAAAUCGCCUUCGCCUCUACGUGAACCUAGAUACUCCUCACCUAAGCCUAAUAAGGAUCGUGUAGCACUUGAUACAUCACUAGACCUCCCACCAAAAUCUCUAUCAAGCACACUUUUAAUGGAAGAUGGACAAAACGUACAGAAGUGGCACCCAAACAGGCUCGCCGAGAACAUCAUGAAGUGUCUCAAUUUCAUCUACGUUCGUCUCCUUAGAACCACAAGAGUCAUGGAGCUAGAGAAAUCGGGUCCCAUCUCGAGAUCCACUCCUUUCUCUGGUAGCUCGAGAAGCUUUAGGGUCGACAACGCAACCUCCAGUUUGUCUAAAUCCAUGAAUCUUGUGUCUUUUAAAGAAUCAAGACAACAAGAUCCAUAUGGAAUAUUUGAUGUAGAAGCAUCUUUGGCUAGAGACAUUGGUCCGUACAAGAAUCUUGUCAUCUUCACUUCAACCUCUAUGGAUUCCAAGUGCAUUUCGAGCUCUAGCUCGGUUUCUUUGAUCCGGAAACUCAGGGUGUUAAUGAACAGUCUUGAGACAGUGGAUCUGAGAGUGUUGAACCAUCAACAAAAGCUAGCAUUUUGGAUCAACAUGUUCAAUGCAUGUGUUAUGCAUGGAUAUCUACAAUAUGGAGUUCCAAAAACAACUGAGAAAUUUCAAUCUCUUGUUUACAAUAAGGCUACAAUGAAUGUUGGUGGCAAAAACAUAAGUGCUCAUACCAUAGAGCAUUGUAUUCUAAGGAAGCCUGCAAAUUCUGCCAUGACUCAGGAUCGACACGAAGAAAUGAUCAUUCGUAAACUAUAUGGCAUAGAAGCAAUGGAUCCUAACAUCACAUUUGCUCUCUCUUGCGGAACUCGAUCUUCACCUGCGGUGAGGAUAUACACUGGAGAAGGAGUGGCAACGGAGCUAGAGAAAUCGAAAAUGGAGUAUCUACAGGCCUCAGUGGUGGUUACGGCGGCUAAACGAGUAAUCUUGCCGGAGCUUCUGGUGAAACAUGCCGCCGAUUUUGUGGUUGCAACGGCGGAUGGAAGCGGCGGAGAGAUGGGAUCUCUGGUGAAAUGGGUUUGCAACCAAUUACCAACCUCUGGUUCCUUGAGAAAAUCAAUGGUGGAAUGUUUUAAGAAUCAAAACUCCAAAGCUUCUUCUUCCUCUCUGGUGGUUGACAAGAUCCCUUAUGAUUUUGAGUUUCAGUAUCUUUUAGCAAUUGGAAAAUACUAAUUUUUUUAAUUGUCAAUUAU